AUGACUUCAUAUUCUUGCCUGCCAGAAAACUUGGAAAUCAGUUGUAUUGUAUGUAUAAUUUCACGUAUUAUAAUAUAUAUGUCGCAAUAUGAUAUUUAUGUUGCACUAUGACAUUGUGAAAUCACUCAUUUCAUGAACAAAUCCAGAUCGUGCAUUUUGAUGAAAAUACAUUAUAUGAACAUCACAAUACCUAUACUUAUUGUGUACUUUGUAUAAUUAUUAUAAAACAAAAUGUGUUAUGUUGUUUACUAAUAAAUAAUUAUAUUAUAUCAUAGUUAACUACUAUUUAUGUUGUUUUAUAAACAAAAAUAUAACAAUUAUGGUCAAUAAGUGGUAUUAUAUUACCUAUACAUUAUAUUUUUAUUUUAUUUUUCAUAAAUCAUACUUAUAUUGUUUUAUUAGAAAAAUAAUUGAUUUCAACAAUAAUUAAUAAACUAUCAACUAUAUAUUUUUCUUUGGUAUUAUUUAUUUUUGAUUUGACAAUUGAUUAUGACAUCAACUGUUACAUAGCAUAUUAUUUUUAAAACAAGCACACUUACUAUAAAAUUAAAUUUGAUAUCUCUCGCAUAUAAUAUAGAUCACGGGUAAAACAUUAUAAUUUUUAUUGAUAUUGAAAAGUAUAGUUUGUGUUAAGUGUACUUGUUUGAAAAAUAAUAUAUGCUAUUUAACAGUCAAUGUCAUAAUCAAUCGUUAUAUAAAAAAAAAAUAACACCAAUGAAAAAUUUAUAGUUUAUAGUUUAUUAAUAAAACAAUAUAAGAAAUAGAGGUAUAGUUCAUUUCAUGAUUAUUUCAUAAUAUUUAUAGGUAACACUGUUAUUUCUAAAAUAUAAUGUAUGUAUGGUUUAUAUAAUUGUCCGUUUCAUGAAAUAUAGAAAAGUAUAGUUUACUAUGAUAUAAUAUAAUUAUUUAUUGCUAAAAAACAUAAAAAAAAAUUGUUUUAUAAUGACAUUAAGUAAACAAUAGGUAUAGGUAUUGUCAUUUCAUGAAAUGGAUGUUCACUAGUGAAUGUUUACUUCGUCUUACAGAACAAAAUGCCAGAUUAUUACAGUUAUACAAACGACAAUCAAACGCCGACCGCUCACAGAGCCUUGCUGAAAAUAGAGCUGAAACUCAUGAAUCUAUGUACAGGAAUCUAG